AUGAACAAUGAAGGGUUCAAGGACAGGAGAAGGCGUUUAAGUUCCAGCAGCGAUGAAGACUUUAUGAAGCUUUCUGAUGGUAUUUCUUACAAAGACCAAGAAACCUAUAAAAGUGAAGAAGAAAAAAAGCCUGAGAAGCUCGAAAUGAAGAAAAAGCCCACAAAUUUCCAAUAUCAAAAACCAAGAAGGGGCAAAGGACGCGGAGGUAAUAAUAAUUGGAGAAGAGAAGACAAGCCAAAGCCAAAAAAUAACGAAAAACCUCAGACUCAUUACAGAAAAAAGAUUGUCCCCAAGUAUGAUCUCAAUGCCCAAGAAUUCCAGCCAAGUGGAUUCAAUGCAAAUGCAAGCGAUUUCGUAAGUUUUAGCCAGGUUCCAUCUGGAUUUAACCCAUCUGCUCAAGAAUUCAACCCACAGUUUGGCAUUGACGCUCCAGAGUUCAAGCCAAGCUUUUAUUAG